GUGCAACCCAUCAACAUCUGGUGAACAAAGACUUGGCUCAUGCUAUCCUGUUGCUUAUAUAACCCUUAAACACACAACAUUCCUGCAUCACUUAGAGGUCUAAUCCCUCUCCCUUCUGCAUGGAUUCACAGGCGCGGGCAAUCGCAAAGCCGGACCCCUGUGCGGCCUGCCGACUGCUUCACCGGAAAUGCAGUCCGGACUGCAUGCUCGCACCAUACUUCCCUACCGACCAUCCUGAGAAAUUCGGGGUGGUGCACAAGGUCUUUGGAGCUAGCAAUGUGAUCAAAAUGCUUCAGAUGGUGGAGGAAAGCAGAAGGGAAGAUGCUGUGAAGAGCAUGGUGUACGAAGCCCAAGCUAGGCUUAAAUCCCCUGUCUAUGGAAGCACCAGUGCCAUCUUUUACUUGCAGAAAUGUGUGGAAGAUCUUGAAGACCACCUCAGAGAAACCCGAGCACAACUCCUCGACGCACGAGAGCAACGAGAUCAGCUAUUGAGUGUUUUAACGGACACUUACCACGGAAGUCAGUUUUAUCAUACCAAUGAUCCGGUGUUUGAUGAUGCCAGCGCGAUGCGGACAGAUACUAACAUGAUUCACGUUCAAUCUGCCGGAGAAAAUCCAAUGAAUUAUUACCAGAUGAUCUAAAGACUGAGGAUAUGUUCUUAGAUAGAUGGUGAUGUGAAAAUAGAAUUUGGUUAUAGAUUUCUGCAAUUCGUUCAGAUGUACGUCAAGAAACAACGGAAUAAUUUAGUUUAUUGUCCUUCACGGGUAGUUUGCCACCCAAGGAACCAAAACGAGAGUCAUGUUUACCACACAAUCCAAAUGAAGUUGGCUGUGUGGAGACCAUUGAUUUUUUGACUGUCAAAAAACCAGAAUGAGGUUACGUGCAUUAA